AACACUUUAUGAGAUUUAGACCUUUGCUUGUCUUGUGACGCUGUAAAAGACACCUGACAGUCGGUCACAUGACGAGGGUUUUUAACGGAGUAAAUUUCACAUUUUGUGGCAUUGAAUCUUCAGCUUGAGAGACGGAGGAACAGAAUCUGAUGCUCAGGAUGUCGCGUCUCUGUUUCCUGUGUCUGUUCGCUCUGCUGUCCGUCACCUGUGGCCACCUGCAGCUCUCCGCAGGGUCACAUGACAUGGUCAACAUCAUCAAUAUGGCCAAGACCACAUGGACGGCGGGUGUGAAUUUCCAGAACGUGAAGGACGGGUAUCUGAAGUCUCUCUGUGGGACGCUGCUGAAGGGCCGCCGACUGCCUGAUACGGUGAAACACGCCACCAACGUGAAGCUUCCGGACAGUUUCGACCCGCGGUCCGAGUGGCCGUACUGCAAGAGCCUGGGUCAGAUCCGGGAUCAGGGGAACUGCGGGUCCUGCUGGGCGUUCGGGGCGGCCGAGGCCAUCUCUGACCGCAUCUGCAUCCACAGCAAAGGAAACGUGUCGGUGGAGAUCUCCGCUGAAGACCUGCUGUCCUGCUGCGAUCAGUGCGGCUUCGGGUGUUCUGGAGGUUAUCCGGCAGAAGCGUGGGACUACUGGACUAAAUCCGGCCUGGUGACCGGAGGACUUUAUGGCUCCAAUGAGGGUUGCAGACCCUACACCAUCCCGCCCUGUGAGCAUCAUGUGAACGGCACCCGGCCGCCGUGUUCAGGUGAGCAGGACACACCGGAGUGUAACGCGGCCUGUAUCCCGCAGUACAGCGUCCCCUACAAACAGGACAAACACUUCGGCUAUAAAGCGUACAACCUCCCGUCGGACCAGCAGCAGAUCAUGACUGAACUGUACAACAACGGUCCGGUGGAAGCGGCCUUCACCGUCUAUGAGGACUUCCUGCUGUAUAAGACGGGCGUUUACCAGCAUGUGACCGGGUCCGAACUGGGCGGCCAUGCCGUGAAGAUCCUGGGCUGGGGAGAAGAGAAGGGAACGCCGUACUGGCUGGUGGCCAACUCCUGGAACUCCGACUGGGGCGACAACGGUUAUUUUAAGAUCCUGAGAGGCCGUGAUGAGUGUGGGAUUGAGAGUGAGAUGGUGGCUGGAGUUCCUCAGCUGUGAACCUUCAUCACCGCGCUUUAACCUGGAUAAACAGAAAUAUAUCUGAAUCUGUGUCUCAUUGUCAUGGUUAAUGCAUUCUAAAAUAAUAUACAACAAUUGAUUAAAAGCAGUUAUGUUGAUGUGAAAAAUAAAGAUAUGUUAUUUACAUUUUA